CGGUGAGGAAAGGAAAGAGCGGCACCACCGGAAGCGACGAAGGUGCUGUGUAAUCACUGAGCAGUUGAGGGCCUCGGAACAACGAAAAUGCCGGAUUACCUCGGUGCGGAUCAGCGGAAAACCAAAGAGGAGGAGAAGGACGACAAGCCUAUCCGAGCUCUGGAUGAGGGGGAUAUUGCCUUGCUGAAAACUUACGGUCAAAGCACUUAUUCUAGGCAGAUAAAGCAGGUUGAAGAUGACAUUCAACAACUUCUCAAGAAAAUUAAUGAGCUCACUGGUAUUAAAGAGUCUGAUACUGGCCUGGCCCCACCAGCACUCUGGGAUUUGGCUGCAGAUAAGCAAACACUGCAGAGUGAACAGCCUUUGCAGGUUGCAAGGUGUACGAAGAUAAUCAAUGCUGACUCGGAGGACCCAAAGUACAUUAUCAAUGUGAAGCAGUUUGCCAAGUUUGUGGUGGACCUCAGUGAUCAGGUAGCACCGACCGACAUUGAAGAAGGGAUGAGAGUUGGGGUGGACAGAAAUAAGUAUCAGAUUCACAUUCCGCUGCCUCCCAAGAUUGACCCAACAGUUACCAUGAUGCAGGUGGAAGAAAAACCUGAUGUCACUUACAGUGAUGUGGGUGGCUGUAAGGAACAGAUUGAGAAACUUAGAGAAGUAGUUGAAACCCCAUUACUUCAUCCUGAAAGAUUUGUUAACCUUGGCAUCGAGCCUCCCAAGGGUGUGCUGCUCUUUGGUCCACCUGGUACAGGCAAGACCCUCUGUGCUCGGGCAGUUGCUAACAGGACUGAUGCUUGCUUCAUUCGAGUUAUUGGAUCUGAACUUGUACAGAAGUACGUCGGUGAGGGGGCUCGAAUGGUUCGUGAGCUCUUUGAAAUGGCCAGAACGAAAAAAGCCUGCCUUAUCUUCUUUGAUGAAAUUGAUGCUAUUGGAGGGGCUCGUUUUGAUGAUGGUGCUGGAGGAGACAACGAAGUGCAGAGAACAAUGCUGGAACUGAUCAAUCAGCUGGACGGUUUUGAUCCUCGAGGUAACAUUAAAGUGCUGAUGGCCACUAACAGACCAGACACCCUGGAUCCAGCACUCAUGAGGCCAGGGAGACUGGACAGAAAGAUUGAAUUCAGCUUACCUGAUCUAGAGGGUCGGACCCACAUUUUUAAGAUUCAUGCUCGUUCAAUGAGUGUUGAAAGAGAUAUCAGAUUUGAAUUGUUAGCGCGACUGUGUCCAAAUAGCACUGGUGCGGAGAUUAGAAGUGUCUGCACAGAAGCUGGCAUGUUUGCCAUCAGAGCACGGCGAAAAAUUGCUACCGAGAAGGAUUUCUUGGAGGCUGUAAAUAAGGUCAUUAAGUCUUACGCCAAAUUCAGUGCUACUCCCCGCUAUAUGACAUACAACUGAUCCCGAAGGCUUUCAUGAAAACUUCCUUUCACUGGAAUCCUAACUUUAUUAAAUAGCCUUGUUAAUAACCAGGACACACACAAAAAUAAAGCGUUUCAAAUUGUAUGUUUUUUUUAGAUGUCUUUGUAGUACAAUAAAAAGUGGUAUCUGAUGUCGUUAGGCAGAAAAGCUUAUUGUGAUGUAUAUUGAUUAUGUUUUGAUCACUACACUACCAUUGAAGGGUCCCAUUUCAUAAAGUGCUUGCUUAGACCACGUCCAUUCUAGGCACAUGCUGGCUGGGUGCCAGUGGUGUCCUCCCAUCUACCCAGUGCAGUGGAUCUAAUGCAUUUUGAUGUUACGCGUGCAAAAACUUUCCUACUUAAUAUACUUGUAGCCAAGCUGGGAUUCAUGGCCAACUUUGUCAGCCCCGUACCUGUAUUUCUCACCUUCAUGCUCUUCUGCCCCUUAUCAAAGCAGCCCAUCUAGGCACAGGACCACGUGUUUCAGUGGUUUUUUAAAAAUUUUUUUCCUACCACACUGAAUAAUAAAGCUUUGGCCAAACUUUUUUUAAAGUGGAAGAAGCAUCUGAUGUAUUAGGUUUUACUUUGCCAUUUGAGUUGAUUUCAAGUUCAUCAAGACGAAUUAGUGACUUUACUGACCAGCAAAGUAGUAAAGCAGAAGGAAAAAUAUAUACACAUAAUAAUCUAAUUUAGAAGAUCCAGAAUUGGUUUCAUACAGAGAAGUACUUAUUUUCAUCUUACAAAUUAAUGUUUAAAAUAUUGGUAAAGCUCCUGUUAGACUUCUGGUGAAGUGAGGUAUUUCUAAAAAUAAAGUUGUAUUGGGAUCCUCAGCAGAUCUCUCAAAUUA